UUCAUUUUUCUGAGCGGUUUUGUCAGUGUUGUUCAGGAUGUCUGGGCGCGGUAAGGGCGGCAAGGGCUUGGGAAAAGGCGGUGCCAAGCGACACCGCAAAGUGUUGCGUGAUAACAUCCAGGGCAUCACCAAGCCUGCUAUUCGGCGUUUGGCUCGGCGUGGCGGCGUGAAGCGUAUUUCUGGUCUCAUCUACGAAGAGACCCGAGGUGUACUGAAGGUGUUUUUGGAAAAUGUGAUCCGUGAUGCUGUUACUUACACCGAGCAUGCUAAGCGGAAGACAGUCACUGCUAUGGACGUCGUGUACGCGCUCAAGCGCCAGGGCCGUUUUUCCCCCCUGGGACUCCAUAUUACUGUGCGGCCGAACUCUACAAUGGCUCGUACAAAGCAAACUGCUCGCAAAUCUACCGGCGGAAAGGCGCCGCGCAAACAACUGGCCACCAAGGCGGCCCGCAAGAGCGCGCCGGCCACCGGCGGCGUGAAGAAGCCGCACCGCUACCGUCCCGGCACCGUGGCGCUGCGCGAGAUCCGCCGCUACCAGAAGUCUACCGAGCUGCUGAUUCGCAAGCUGCCGUUCCAGCGGCUCGUACGCGAGAUCGCCCAGGACUUCAAGACCGAUCUCCGCUUUCAGAGCUCAGCGGUGAUGGCGCUGCAGGAGGCCUGUGAAGCUUACCUUGUGGGGUUGUUCGAGGAUACUAACCUGUGUGCCAUCGUCAUCAUGUCGGGUCGUGGCAAAGGCGGUAAGGGCCUUGGUAAGGGAGGUGCCAAGCGUCACCGCAAAGUAUUGCGCGACAAUAUCCAGGGCAUCACUAAGCCUGCUAUCCGCCGGCUUGCUCGCCGGGGUGGGGUGAAGCGUAUUUCCGGCCUCAUCUACGAAGAGACUCGAGGGGUACUGAAGGUGUUUCUGGAGAACGUUAUUCGCGAUGCCGUCACUUACACUGAGCAUGCCAAGCGCAAAACAGUGACUGCUAUGGAUGUUGUGUACGCGCUCAAGCGCCAGGGCCGCACCCUUUAUGGCUUCGGCGGCUAAUUUUCUACGUUUUGUCAGCUAACAAAAGGCCCUGAAAGGGCCACCCACGAUAUCACGGAGAGAGCUGUGAGCUGGCGUAUGUUGCAAACUUUUAAGGUUUUGUGGUUGCCGGUUUACAAAGAUGAACGUUUUCGCGGUUUUUUUAUUUUCUCCAGUGGCCUUCAAGAUGGUGCAUCUGAAAGAGGUACAUAGAAACCAGAGGCAGAGACUUAGCACAUUAUGAACUGGAACUGCUUAAUUCGAGUUGCCCCAAUUCAGCAAUUCUUUUGGAAGUGUUUUUCUAGUUGUCAUGAUAAUCGCCAGCUUUGCUUCCAGGUAACUUCCAGAAUGUUCGCUCGCUAGACCUUGGGCCUUAUAGGGAGGUGGAGUUGUGAAACUGGCUCGUAGAGAAAUGGUGUGAUGCGUAUCUGAAUAAAUGUCUAUAGUGUAAGGCGUUUUUAAUUUUUGUUGGUUUAUUGGACUAGUUUUGCCCUACUCCUGAAAUUAAGGUAUUGGAUGUACUCAACUAUCAAUAUAAGGCUUUCCUUAAACGACCUUUGAGGAUGCAUCUUCUCACUUCCACAUUCUUACCAAGCAGAGAAAGUGGCUUUCUGUGCUCACCAUGCCCAGUUUUCAGAGGCAGUAAAGGUUUGUACCUGUUCUGUUAUUGGGCAGUAAAUCCGUCACUAGUUGUAACCCAGCUUGAACGCUUUAGUCCUUCCUCUACUAGCUUUUUCUCCACAACUUUUUAUUUUGCUGUUUUUCAAACCCUACAUUCUCAAAUUACUAGGUGUUUCCCAUUUUACCAAGUUGCCAAGGAUUGCAUCUAUAUUUUCAGUUACUCUAUGACAUGACUGCACCCACCACUCACUGAAAAUGUUCUAGCCGCGGUUACCAGGUACCUUCUAAUUGCCAAAUCAAAAAGGACAACUUUGAGAACUUAAUCUUACAUCUGAUCCUGUGUAUAUUCCUGCUUUCACUACCUCCUCUCGCCAGGUCUUUUAUAACUUCCUUCCUGGCUCAUUCUAUUUUUCUCCCUAAUCUUUUUCAGUUUUCUUUUUUGGGUCCUAAUUCUCUGCUUACAGUUCUCAGUGUACUAUGUCUUGCAAUCUCAUUGCUUUAUAGAUCUUGCGGCAUCUCAUCCUGGUGAGACAUCUAGGCACCCAGAAGAGAAAUGACUCAAAACCUUCCAAGCUUUCUGUCUAUAGCAACCGCAUAUCCUUGAUGGGACUCGCCUUGCAUUCUUCCUUACUCUACAAUCAGUCCAUUCCAUUGCCAGAUAUCUGAGUGACUUGCAAAACUUUUAUCAUUCCAUCUAUGCAAAAAUAAAAGAAAUAGAAAGCUUUCUUUGGUUCUCCUAACAGCUGCAGGAUAAAAUCCCAUUUCUUGUGCUUUACCUGACUCCUCCCCACCUCCACAACCUCUUCUCCGAACCCCGGCAUCAUUUGUACAGUUGAAUGUACUGAAUGAUUUGUCAUACUUGAAAUUCCUUUUGCAACAGGAAUCCUUCACAUAAGCUUUCUUCUUCCACAAAUAACCUUCAACUCCUUUUUCUCCCUCAAGGGUUUCUGCCCAAAGAAUCUUACCUGACCAAUAUCUCCCAGCUAAAAUCAGCUAGGAUUUCCUGAUGCUCCAACAAAGUACACUUCACACAUGUAGGUAACCUGACUAGCUUCAGAGCUGUCGCACACUUAAACAAUUUUAUGAUGGUUGUUUUCCUUUCUAGACUAUAACCUUGAGGGCUUGGACAGUGUCUUCAUGUUGGUUUCCUAAGGAGCUACGAAAAUUACAUGGCACAUAUUAUUCAUCAAUAAAUGUGCAAUGAUUGAGUAAAUCAGAAGUAAAUAAGUUGUAUGGGCUGUUAAUAUACUUGUAUACAUAACACUUCUCUCUAACAGUGUUUCCCCUCCCCUAGACCUUUCUUCUUUCACCGUUUUCCUUUAUAGCACACACAGGAUGUUUUCCACAAAUGGUACUGAGACAGUUGAACAUUCAUAUGGAAGAAAAAGGAAAUUAAAACCUUACGCCAAUUCUAGGAGGAGAAAGACCUACAUGUGAAAAGCAAAAUAUAAAGCUUUUAGAAAUAGUGUAAGUAAAUGUCAUUAUGACCUUGGGUUAGAGGAGGAAUUUUUUAAACAAGGCAAAAAAGAAAAGAACAUACAUGAAAGAUUGGUAAAUGUGACUAGAGUAAAGUCAUGCAGUUCAGCCUACCUAAGGGAACCAUAUAAAGGGCAAAAGUCCAAGCCACAAAACUGAAAAAGAUGUAAAUAUAAAACUAACAAAGGGCUAGCAUCUACAAUAUAUAAAUUGGUAGUCUAUAAAUCUAUAUUGAUUUAAACUGACUUAAGUAACAAAAAGGAAAAAAAAAAAAGACUUGACCAGGAAAUUUUGAGAAAAUCCAAUGAUCAAUAAAUACUUUAAAACAUACACACCAACCUUAGUAAUACAGCUAAUGCAAAUUAAAAAGACAACAAGAUGUGUUCAUUCACCCAGCAUAAUGGUAAAAAUUAAAAAUUUUUGAUAAUAGCAAGUAUUGCUAUUGAAGAUGUGGAACAACAGGAUUUCCCAGUCAGUCUUUGCUGGCUAGAGGGGACAUAUAUUGAAACAAUUACUUCAGAAAACAGUUCCAGCAUUACCUAAUUAAUAUGUAUAUUCAGAUACCAUCACGCAGGAUCCAUAGACACAUGUGGAGACAUGUUCAACAAUGUUUGUGGCAACAUUAUAUGAAAUGGCCAAAAAACUUGAAGAAAAUAUCCAUCACCAGUGGAUUGGAUAGAUUGUAGUGUAUUCCUUCUUCAUGAUACUGUUCAGCAAUGCAUAUGCAUAGUAGAAGACUGUCACAGCCCAAGAGGGCCAUGCCAGUCCAAAGGCCAAAGAAGACAAUGAGCAUUUUCUGACACAGGAACUUUUAUUCAGGGCUUACUUACAGGGUGAGAAGUCGUGGGGAGAUUAUGACAGCUCUCUCAGGUCAGAGAGGCAUCACAUUUGCAGGGA